UUUGUAACUGGUAUAUAAGAAAGCAUAGUACCUUAGGAGCAGCUCAAGUUAAACCAGAAUAUGUUACUUCAAAUCGAGCAAAUUUAUGUCGAAAUUAUUUAUUAAAGUGUUCAAAUUUUAAAGAAUAUGCAACUCCUAAACAAGUAGAACAUAUUUUAAGUUUACCU